GGGUGAUGAUUUGGGGCCAUGUCAACUCCAAUGAGGAUGCAGCAAAUGCCUGAUGAUGGGUUUAAUGAGAUGUCCACCGAAGAGGAAGAAGAGGCCCGGGCCUCAGGGGAGAGGAUGCUCGCGAAGUUCGGGCGCAAGUUACAGAACGCGGGCGAAACAUCAUCCCUAAUUCCGUGCCUGCGAGGUAUCCUCCAAUUUCUGGCAAACGUGCUAUGCGACGUGUCGUCCGCUGUGGUAAGUCUGCAACACACCUCUGAUGAUUACAAGACAUGCCACCGGUUUCUCAGCAGCAUUAGGGCGAGACUCAUGAGACUCGAGCAUCUGCAAGCAGAGGAUGAGUUGAAGUUGACGCCAGAGACCUAUGAGGGGUUGGAACAAACCGAGGAGGCAUGCGAAGAGUCGGAACCAAGCGAUGAGAUGGAACUGACUGAAGCGUCGGAAGAAUCGAGCGAAGAGGCGUGCAAAGAGCUAGAAUCCGGCGAAGUGGCAUGCCAGGUCGCAGAGGGCGAGGGCGAGGGCGAGGCAUACAAGGACUCGAUCUCGAUAGCAGCAGACACGACAUGUGAGGGCUCUGAAACCGCAAUCCAAGGGACUGGCUCAGUCGAAAAAGCUGUCGGUCUGGUGGAUAUUGAGGACUGGGCUGUGGAGGAGCUCCUGGCAAAGGCCCGCCUGAUUCGAGAAGAGGCAAUGGGUAAGCUCUCCCUAACGGGCAUGGUUGCCAGGAGACGGACGGACUCAAACACGGCUAGGGGUGUGAGUGUCAGAAAAACAGAGGCCAACUCUUUGGGAGGAGGGGGAAAGAAGCAGCCUACCAAGCUGAAGAAUUAUGAGGGACAUAGCAGUAGCAGUAAACGGACAAUGGCUGCAGUCAGGAGAGCGAAAGGCGAAGAGGAGGAAGCAUCCAGCAGAGAGUUGUCGCAUGGAGGAGGAGGAGGAGGAGGACACAGAUCAGGAGAGGGAGGAGGGAAAGGCCUAAGAGGUGGUGUGGCAAAGGAGGGGAUAGAAUUGAGAGGCGGAAGAGGGUCCUUACCAUUGCGGACGGAGAGCGGCAGAAGUGGACAUUUGGGAAGAAAGAGCUUCCGCCACCCUGUGCAGAAUGAACUAAGAUAUGAAGAUAGAGAGAGCAGGUCGGGAGUCUCUUCGGAGGUGAAUCCCAUUCCCGCUAGCCGGAACAAAAUCGUUUUAGGAGUUGGUGGGACGGUCAAACCUGUUCCAGCCAGACACCGCAACACUGUUUCAUAUCUGCUAGGUGCGUCUCGAGGGGUUAACGGUGUAGCGAAAAAGAUGUCAGGCAAAGAUGAGCUCCUUCGACAUCACAACAAAAACUAUUCUGGCCAUUCAUCCACGUCCGAAACGGCGGAAGGGGGUCGCAUCAAGCUCAUUCCAUCAGCAGAUGAACAUGAAGCCCCCCCUCUGGUUUCCUCAGGACCUCUGGUCUCAGAGGGCUCUUUGCGGAUGAGAAUGAACAGAUGCAGGCAGACGGCGGAGGAUGGGCAGAGCGAGGCCAGGGCAGCUAAUGCGCAGGUAGAGGGGAAAUUGGAUGCGAAAGCUGAGAUUGAAAGACUUCUUGUCUUCCCACAUUCAUUUCAGACUCUGCUGACAGGUCUAGAACCCGGCUUGUGCAAUACACAGGCAGGUUGCAAGCCUGACGUCUGUCGUCAGCGACCACAGCGGCGAGCACGGGAUCAUCGUUGUGAUAAGAACGACGAUCAAACGAACAAAGGGCAGGCAAACGACGAUAUGCCAAGGAACCUUCGAGAAGACUAUCGGCGAAGGUUUAUGAGACGGCUGCAGGAAACGUGCACAAGCGGAGCGGCCAAAAGAGACCGAUUUGUGCCUGCUGGAGGCCCUGGAGAUGGCGAUCGUACGGAGAGGAAAGUGGUUCAAGCGUUAAAGUUGCUGCAGAGAUUGGCGGGACUGUUCUGUAAGUUGAAGGACAUAGACAUCCAUGAGUUGUCGACUUCCUAUCGCUUUGCUCCAGAGCGAAGCUUCAUUGCCAGCCAUCUUGACCGAUGGCUCAAAGCUCUGAAUGACGUAGAGGCAACACCAUUGGAUGGAAAUGCAGAUAAUAACUCGCAGAAGCUCAAAACCAAGCGAUCAAACUGCAGCCACAGCGGCUAUGUCCGCUCGAACCGUUGCCUACGGGGUUGCUCUAGUUCGAACCCGAGUACGCCAUUGGUAUGUAAAUCGUGGAAUCAGUUCACGGCCUCGUCUCCCUGGCUUCCAGACGUCUUGUCAUCUCUUUCUAAGGCAACUGGUCUGCAAAAUGAUCUUCUUGAGCGAUGUAAAGCGAUUGUCGCAAGAAAAAGUCCUUGCCAGGCAGCAAGUACUGUCCCGCUGAUGGGACUAAGCAAUUUGAUUGUGUAUUCGACCUUGGAGGAAGCGGCUACGCUGGUGCAGUUGAGGCAUGCCGUCGAGGCACUGCUGUUCUACUACCACUUUGAAACUGUCGUCGCUGCUGCAAUUCUGCCCCAAAACAACACGCCUCCUCUCAAUCCGACAAGCGCCUUUCUAGCGCACUGCCAACUUGCUCAUGCUCUCCUCUGUACGGAAGGCAAGAGACUUUUCAGCCUAGCAUAUCACGGGAGUGAGACUCUCCAGAGUCGAGAGGAUAGAGAAACUGUGAACCUUUCUCUCACCGAGAAGUUGGACGGGUCCUGCAAGAUCAAAGAAUUGGAUCAGACUGUGGGUGCCAGCUCUGCGGCAAAGAGACCAGAUUCUCACACCAGGACUGCACAGUCGGUCAUUGCGGGAAUCCAUGAUGCAGAUCCAGUGCCACUAGCCACCGACGAGCUACGCAAGAUAGGGUUGACGACAACGCCAUCCAAGGAUCAGCAAGAUGAGCUGGACAGAGAGACAAUGGCCAUCUACUUGGAGCUAAAGAAGUCCGAAGCGGAGCUGGCAGCGCUUAGCCGGCAAUACAUGGAGCAUGAAGCCAUCCUUACUGACAUGAAGAAGUCAUGCGGAGAUUUGAGGCAUGCAGGGAACGAGGAGGGAAAGGAUAAAGAAGGAGAUGACAAAAGCCAAAAAAAAGGACAGGAGGACGAGAAGGACGAGGCUGGAGAUGGAGAUAAGGAGGAAGAGGAAGAGGAAGAAGAAGAAGAAGAAUACCAGUUGGCUUCCGAUGAGCUAGAAGCUGCUAUGGAGCAAGAGUGGCAGGAAGUCUACAGCCAAUUGGCGGCAGCAAGGAACGUUAAAAAUACUUUGUUGAUGGUAUAUGUUUCUGACAAUGACACGUUGCACCUGCAAGUGAAACUUUUGCUGAUUACUAUGUUUGACAAAGAAGGGGUGCGCGUGAACACGGGGAUGACGGUCGAACAUUAAAAGUUAGUAUCUCAAUCAAUAUAAAUUAAUUCAACAAUUCACAAAGAAACAAAUAGACAACAAUCACCCGACUCUGCAGGCAAAAAGAAUAAGAACAAAUGCGAUAAAUGAAAUUAAAAAUG